AUGGUUCGUGGAUGCUUCUGUGAUUGUUUCGGGCCGAUGUCACGAGAGAGGGCGGAAAGCCUGGAUAAGCCACUCGAUCCUGAAGACGUUAGGAAAUGUCUGCAAAAAUACCGAGAAUACGAAGCCAGACAAGAAAUGAUGGUUCACGAUCAACAACGUCCCUUGAUCUCAACCAUAAGCGAAUCACGAGCAGCCCCUUACGAUGAUACCGUACUACCGAGCUCUCCACCGAUUAAUGUUGGCUAUCGUCCACCGUCACCACCACCAUCGUACAGUUCGGUAGCCGGUAGUAUUGGUCCAGCCAACACAGGACAAUCGCGACUCUGA